ACUGUGGCUCAGAUCAUCAGCUUCUUAUAGCAAAAUUCAAGCUUAAACUGAAAGCAGGGAAAACCACUGGGCCAGUGAGAUACAAUCUAAAUCAGAUCCCUUAUGAAUACGCAGUGGAAGCAAGAAACGGAUUUAAAGAUUCAGAUUUGGUGGACAGAGUGCCUGAAGAACAGUGGAUGGAGGCUCGCAACAUUAUACAGGAGGCAGCAACGAAAACCAUCCCAAUGAAAAGGAAAUGCAAGAAAGCAAUGUGGCUGUCCAGCGAGGCCUUACAAAUAGCGAGGGAGAGAAGGCAAGCAAAGUGCGAGGGAGAUCGUGAAAGAUGCAGGAAAUUGAACGCAGAUUUCCAAAGAAUAGCAAGGAGAGACAAGAGAGCCUUCUUAAACGAUCUGCCUGGAGUGAAGAAGGCGUUGGGAAAAUACGGCCCUUCAGAUGUUGAGGACUCAACAGGCACAGGCGGAGACAGCAAAGAUGACGAUGACAUUGAUCUCUUUGGCUCUGAUGAAGAGGAGGAAAGUGAAGAAGCAAAAAGAUUAAGGGAGGAGCGGCUUGCUCAGUAUGAAUCAAAGAAAUCCAAAAAGCCAGCGCUCGUUGCCAAGUCGUCCCUCUUGUUGGACGUGAAACCUUGGGAUGAUGAGACGGACAUGGGCAAAUUAGAAGAGUGUGUCAGAAGUAUUCAGGCGGAUGGCCUGGUUUGGGGAUCUUCCAAGCUGGUUCCAGUUGGUUAUGGAAUCAAGAAACUUCAGAUUCAGUGUGUAGUUGAAGACGAUAAAGUUGGAACCGAUAUGCUGGAAGAGAGGAUCACUGCGUUUGAGGAUUAUGUUCAGUCCAUGGAUGUGGCCGCUUUCAACAAAAUCUAAGCCCCAAUAGCACCAGGAAUAAAACAUUUGCAACACUCGA